GUAACCGUUAAACACCCCUUAAAACACGCCACGUCACUAACAGAAAGGGUCAUUCAGUUAAGUGAGAAAUGCGCGGGCAAGGGUUCAGAUUUCAGAACUUCAUGGCUUCACAAUAAACUCCAUCCUUUCCCCAAUUCACCAACAAUAUGCUAUUCAGAAACCCUAAAUCAAACUCUCUGGAGAACCACAACAACAAUUAGCGUCAGAAAAUGGGAGGCUUAUUGUCAUCAGCCGCCGGACCUCCGCCCCCCAUGGUGCUGGUUCCGCCGCUCUUCGAUUUCCCUCCGCUUGCUGCCCGCACCAGGAUGUUGGAGUCAUCGUAUAAUCUGUUAUUUGGGAAGCUCGUCUUAAAAAGCCUGUUUGAAGAUUAUUUUGAUGCAGCAAAUCAUUUCAGUACGAUAUUCUUAUUGAAGCCAAUUGAAGAUCGUCAUGUAGAUUUAAUAGCAAGUGUUUCAGGUCCUCUUGAUAACAAGCCCGAGGAGCCAAUAGUUGGUAAUGCACUAUUUCGCUGGCAAAGUGAUGCCGAUGAUCCUCACACAUUCACAGAUCUUUAUGUAUCCAGUGUUGAUCCGAUUUUACUCAUGAGAGCAUGUGCAUACUACCCGAAAUACGGUUUCGGAGCAUUUGGGAUUUUUCCAGUCCUUAAAAAACAGAGAGUAUGUUCAGAAGACUAUGGUACAAUGGGUCUGAGAUAUGGCUCGUCACGUUUGUCAUUUGGAACCACAUUUUUGCCAUAUUCAUUGGGAAAUGACUUCCCGAAAUCUGCAUGGCUGGUGACCAAGUUGGGAAGGUUAACUGCUGGAGUCCAAUAUGAUCCUGGAUUUGUUGAAAAGGAAGGUGCAAAAUAUAAAAAUUUGAAGAAUUGGAAUUACGCCAUAGGCUAUGGAAUCGGAUCCGGCAGCCCAUUGAGCCCGUCUUUUAAUUUUGGUCUCGAAUUCGCCCAGAACUCCAAGUUCAUUGCCUCUUUCUAUCAGCAUGUGGUGGUCCAACGAAGGGUAAAGAAUCCACUGGAAGAGAAUGAAGUAAUUGGAAUUACUAAUUACAUAGACUUUGGAUUUGAGCUGCUAACAAGAAUGAAUGAUCAAAAGGGAUCAAACAACAUCCAAGAUUCCACCUUUAAUAUUGGUGCAUCUUGGCAAGCCAAUAAAAACAUCUUGCUGAAGGGAAAAGUGGGCCCUCUUAGUUCAGCACUGUCGUUUUCUUUUAAGUCAUGGUGGAAACCUUCAUUCAGUUUCAGCGUGUCAGCUAUAAGAGAGCGUGGUGGGAAGACGUCUUUGGGGUUUGGUGUUCGUGUCGACAACGUGAGAGAAGCAAGUUACCAAAGGGCGGAUCCGAAUUUCGUAAUGCUGACACCAAACAAAGAGCAUUUAGCAGAGGGAAUCCAGUGGAAAAGUGGGCAGAGACCAUUGAUGCAAUCGGAUGUAAACUCCGGAAACUUUGAUGGUAUGCCCAGGGAACUCAGACCCUUGGGUAGAAUUUUAUAAUUUUUUUUUCUCUUUCUACAAGUCCUGGAAAAACAAACUGUAAUACACCUGAGGACUUUUAUCUGAACUUUUUUUUGUUUUCAUUUCAUAUUUAAACUAAAUAAUAAUUUCAAAGUUUUGGGUUC